GGACAGACUCCUGCCCUGAUGCAUCAUUUCUUGGACAUUGAAAGAAAAGAAAAGAAAAAAUAGCAAUAACAAAAUUACUGAAGAUGAAGAAGGCGUCUCUCCUCAUAACUAUGGUGGUGGUGGUGGUAAUGUUAUUAGCUGAACCUAAAGUGUCACAAGCGGUGACCUGCAACCCAGGGCAGUUGAGCCCAUGCCUCCCAGCAAUCACGUCCUCUUCACCACCAUCAACUGCCUGCUGCAGCAAAUUGAAGGAGCAGAAGCCUUGUCUUUGUGGAUAUCUCAAGGAUCCCUCCCUCAAGCAGUUUGUCUCCUCUCCUGGUUCUAGAAAGGUUGCUAGUGCCUGUGGUGUUCCCUACCCUAGUUGCUAAUUAUAACUAUAUGUUCUUGCUAAAUCAAAUUAGCAACUAUAUCUAUAUAUAAUAUGCCUCAUAAUCAAUUAUUUGCAUGGGUAUAUUUGCAUAUGUAGGAGUGUGUGUGAACUAUUUGCAUGGGUAUAUUUGCAUAUGUAGGAGUGUGUGUGAACUAUGAAGAUUGAGUGAUGUUGUUCCAUAUCGCAUGUUCUAUGAAACAAUGACGUAAAUGGUAGCAUAUAUCAUCUCAAAUAAAUUAUCAGUGGAGAAAGAUAUGAAGAUGGUCAAGCUGUUGUAAUAGAAAAUGUAUCUGAUCAAUAAUUUAUCUUGUGAUAUAUAACUAUCGAUUAAUAUCAUUCCUCUUAAUUUACUUUCA